GCCAAUCAUCCAUGUAAGCGGAAGUAAACGACCAAGAACAAUUUUCACGUUAGCGUUUUUAUUUAGACGUUUAUUAACACCAUGGAUCUAAGAUUAUGACUAAUUUAACAGCACAGCAUCACAUAUUUACCCCACGUAGUAUUUAAUUCGCGUUGGAUACCAGUCUUGGUUGAUAUACGUUAUCUAGGUAAUGCUAGUUAGCUGCUAACGUUAGCUACAAUGGCUAACUCUAACUGUAUGGUUUUUCACACUCAAAUAGCCUCCAUCAUGGAGGUGCUAGCGAAUGCAGCCGUGGCAGAAAUCUGUAAACUCGUAGACGACGACUAUGCAGUGUUUCGAUUGGAAAUCACUCAAAGCCAGAAAGAAAACAGGGGAUUGCGGAGGAAACUACAACUACUGGAACUGAAGGUGGCACGGGAGCGCGUCGUUGCCAGUCGUCCCAGUAGUGUCAAGAUCCUCGACCGAUACAGAGGAAUGGCAAGAGGUGAAGGACAUUUCACUGGAGGCCACAGGAGCUUUGUGAAGCCAGCGGGACACAAUACACGGGGAGAUGACCAACCAAUCACUGUUGAUGAGGGGAGUGGAACCACAACCCAGCAUGUUAUCGUGAUAGAGUCUACAGAUGCAGAGGCUGCAGGUCCUGGGGUUAAGCAGGAGAGGUCUGAAGGAGAGGAUGACCUACGGCACAGCAGAGACAUCCAGACUGGAGAGGCGGCUGUAGCCAUGGAGGACACCGCCCCAGCGCAGCCCAGGACCCGGCGCAGUAUCACGGAGGAGGAGGGUCCAGGGGUGCUGCUGGGGAAGGAGGAGGGUCUGGGGAACCCUGAGGAGAACAUGGUCAUGGAGGACAACCAGACUCCUGAACCUGAACCCACAGAGGAACCAGCUGAGCAGCACAGGACCACACACAAUCUCACUGAGUCAGUAGACAUGGAGGAUGGGAAGCCUGAUCUGCUGCUAGUCAAAGAGGAAACAUUAGAAGAUGAACCAGAGAGCAUUGAUCUGCUGAGUGGACUAAAGAUGGGGGAGCAAGGUGGUUGGCUGGAGGCUAACAGAGGAGAAUGGGUGGCCAUUUUGGAUUCCCAGACCCAGACGGGUGCAGCCAAGGGCCCAGUGAACAACAUCACCGAGCAGGCCUGGCCCAGAGGUGACAUAGUGGAGGUCAGGGGAUGGGACAGCGUCCUCAACUCUGGGCUGGGGAACAACACUGUUAACCACAACCAGAAACAGACAGUCGAACCCAAAACAACAUCUGAACAUAGUCUCCAUGACAACAGACUCGCUGAGACCAGAGCGAGGCGUAGAUUUGGUCUGCGGGGACAGGAAAGGGAACGUAUGCGGCGGGAGAGUACAGACUUGGCUUACGAUGCUCCGUCCUGCUCCUAUAAUUGUGAUUCAGAGAGACUGAUCGCGCCUCAUGUUGACUCCCUAACAGGUGCUUCCUUCAGUCUGCCUUCUAUAGGAUCUAUCAACUGUAAUAUGGAUCCUGCGAUAACACAGACACUCCCUGGCCUUAAUCCUCCUCACACUCUUCUUAUGUUAAACCAGACCUCAGACAAUGCCAAUGCCUCAACACUAAAUAGCUACACAAGCCCAUUGACAAAUGACAGUAGCGGAGAUAGAAUCAGUAAAGGUGGUGGCGCCAAAGAGAAGCGCUUCCCGUGUUCGUUCUGUGGGAAAGCCUUCAGUUUCCCCCAACAGGUGGAGAUUCACCAGAGGAUGCACACGGGGGAGAAACAAUUCAGCUGCCACCUGUGCCAGGCCAGUUUCUCUCACUCCUUCAGCCUGAAGAGGCACCUGAGAGUCCACACAGGGGUGAAACCCUUCAGCUGUACCCAGUGUCACAUGCGCUUCGCCCAGGCUGGUCACCUGAAGAGGCACCAGAGGGUCCACACAGGGGAGAAACCCUACAGCUGUACGCAGUGUGAGAAGAGGUUCUCCCGCCAGGACCAGCUGAAGAUGCACCUGAAGGUCCACACAGGCGAGCGGCCAUUCGCCAGUACUCACUGCGGGAAGAGGUUAUCAGAGAGAAGCUACCUCAGGAUGCACCAGCAGAAAAAACAUUCCACUCUAACAUAAUAGUAACAAUUCCCCUGGAUAGCUUCUGACAUUUAGAUCAAACCCAGCAUUAAAGACAAAUAUACAUUUUCAUUGUUGUCAGUAGAAAAGACCCACAGAUGACCCACAGAUUUCAGUGUUUAAUAUUCCUGGGUAGAAUAUUUCAUCCAGACAUUGUGUGACAUAUAUGCCUUAAGUCUAAAAAGUAUGUUACAUAUUGAGAGUUUAGGACUAUAAGGUUCUAUCUGCAAAAUGAUGAUUCUGAGAUAAUUGGCAUUAUAUUUCUGAACCCUCAU